AUGAACUUGGCGGCUUCUCCAGUAGUUCCAGCAGUCCUGACGGAGAUCAAAGCCGCUCUCUUUCAAGGCUUCAAUUCGCUGAACCAUCUCAAACAUGUACAUGGCCGCCUGCUCCGUAAUGGCCUAGAUCAAAACAAUUACCUUCUUAACUUGCUCCUGCAAUCAUCUUUCAAAUUCAGGAAUCCAAGUUAUACGAAACUCAUCUUUCAUCAAGCCCGACAACCCAAUAUUUUCUUGUGGAAUACUAUCAUCCGCGGGUUUGUCUCUAGAGAUUACUUCCAUGAAGCUGUUGAGUUUUUUUAUUCGAUGCGUGAACAAGGAACUUUGCCAAACAGUUAUACUUUCCCGUUCCUGCUAAAAGCAGCCACGCGAUUAGUGGAUUUCGAGCUCGGGUAUAAGCUCCAUACCCUUGUGGUGAAGGUGGGUCUUGACUACGAUGUGUUUGUGAAUACUGGGUUGGUGUGUUUGUACGUGAAAUGUAGUUGUCUUACCGACGCAGAAAAACUGUUUGAUGAUAUUCCUGAGAAAAAUGCAACGUCAUGGACGGCUAUAAUAAGUGGUUAUAUUGAAUUGAGGAAAUAUGGGAAAGCUAUAGAUUUGUUCUGGAGGUCGUUCAGUUUGGGGUUGAGACCUGAUAGUUUCACACUUGUUCGGGUUUUAUCUGCAUGUACUCUGUCAGGAGAUCUGACGUCCGGUGAGCAGGUACAUAAGUAUUGGUUGGAGAGUGGCAUGGGAAGAAAUGUAUUUGUUAGUACUUCUUUGGUGGAUAUGUAUACUAAACUAGGAUGUAUGGAGAAGGCUCGUGUAGUUUUUGAUGAGAUGUCCGAGAAGGGUAUCGUUACCUGGAGCUCUAUGAUUCAGGGUUACGCAGCAAAUGGGCUUCCUGAAAGAGCAUUGGAACUCUUUCAUCAAAUGGUGAGAGAGGAUCUGAAGCCAGAUCGGUAUGCAAUAGUUGGCGUGCUCUCUGCUUGUGCUCGGUUAGGAGCAUCAGAAGUAGGGGAGUGGGCUUGUAAGUUGAUGGAUAUGAAUGAGUUUUUCUCUAAUCCUGUCAUGGGUACAGCAUUGAUCGACAUGUAUUCGAAAUGUGGAAAGGUUGUUGAAGCGUGGGAUAUCUUUCUUCAAAUGACUGUAAAGGAUACUGUCAUUUGGAAUGCUAUAAUAUCAGGGCUAGCAAUGGGCGGUCAUGUUAAUUCUGCAUUUAGCUGCUUUGCGCUGAUGGAAAAAAUGGGGAUGAAGCCUGAGGAGAACACCUUUCUUGGUCUGCUCUGUGGUUGUAGUCAUGCCGGUCUUGUUAAUGAUGGUCGCCGGUAUUUCUACAAUAUGAGCCGCAUUUAUUCUGUGCAACCUACCAUUGAGCAUUAUGGCUGCAUGGUUGAUCUUCUUGGUCGAGCUGGUUUGUUGGAUGAAGCACGUUUAUUAAUCCAAAACAUGCCAAUGAAGGCAAAUACUGUUGUCUGGGGAGCCCUGUUAGGUGGAUGUCGCAUUCAUCGAGAUACUCAGCUAGCAGAAUACGUGCUGAAGCGAAUGAUCGAGUUAGAACCUUGGAACUCGAGUAAUUAUGUCCUUUUGUCAAAUAUCUAUUCAGCUAAUAACAAAUGGGAAGAUUCUGAGAGAAUUAGAUCAGUUAUAAAAGGACAAGGAAUUCAGAAAGUGCCGGCAUAUAGUUGGAUGGAAGUAAAUGGAAUUGUUCAUGAGUUUCUUGUUGGGGACACAACUCAUCCAAUGUCAGAUAAGAUAUACACUAAACUUAGAGAAAUGAACAAGGAUUUGAGAGCAGCAGGCUAUGUGCCAAGCAAAGAGUUUGUGCUAUUUGACAUUGAAGCCGAGGAGAAGGAACAAUUGAUUGGAUAUCACAGUGAGAAGCUUGCUCUAGCAUUUGGUUUGAUAAGCACCGGACCAAAUGAUGUUAUUCGGAUAACCAAAAACCUUCGAGUCUGUGGUGAUUGCCAUGUGACUUUCAAGCUCAUAUCUAAAAUAACUGGUAGGGUGAUCAUGGUGAGGGACACUAAUCGUUUCCAUUGUUUUAGAGAUGGUUCAUGCUCAUGCAAUGAUUAUUGGUGA